UUGUGAGCGAAACUUGCCUUUGGGAACGUGCAGCCUGGGUCUGGGAAAGGAAGCAGACUGCCCCGUCGUUGUUGCGCAAUCCAAUUAGCUCAGAUAAGAAAGUGAACCAGAUCACCGGAGAGGCUUUGUUGUGACCAGUUGUGCAUCUGACGUGUGGCUUAGUAACCGAGGCAUCUCCAACAACACUUCUACUUUUACCACCGAUCUGAAAGAGGAAGAAAACUACAACCACAAAUGACCAGAAAAGCUGAGAUGGCAUCCGCUCUCCUCCUGCCAGCACUUAUCUCCAUUUGGACUGUGCUGUUUUCUCCAGGAAUGGCUUCAGAAUUUGUAGUUCCUCCAUGCAACGAGAACAGCUUUGGUUCUGCUGUUGAAAACUGCCUGUCAGAUUUCAACAAGAGCAUGGAGACAAGCGGCUAUCAAGAAAAGUGUCCGUGGCCUAAUGUCAGACGAAUCUACAACAACUUGAAGGUGUGCGUGGAAAAGCGUGCCAGCAAGACGUGGUGUACCGGUUACAAGUUUUUAGUAGACGAGGUCUUCCUGAAGGUCCACUGGAGGUACUUUUCACUCUGUGAGGAGGUUCAAGAUCCCCCGUUCUUCACUCUUGUCAUGUUAAUAGCACCUGUUAUUAUCGCUACACUGUUCAUGCCCCUUCUUUGUGUUCAUCUCACCACGUGGGAACGUAGUGGGGGCUUUUACUGAGUACGAAUGGCCCUUCUGAACAUGGUACGAAUGAACUUUCAGCAUCCAGUGAAAAGAUUAAGAUUUUCCCAUAAGUAAUCCAAAACACAUGUAUUUUUUUUUCUUUUUUAAACUGAGGAACUUGUGUGCUACGUGGAUUUAUUGGACUAUUUCAUGGGAAGAAAUGUGAACCAACAGACUUGCUAUUGGACAGGAAUACGUUGGCUUUACUGCAGCUAUUUACUGGUAGGUUACUCAUGCCAGGCAGGUCAACUUGAUACCCCAUUAUGCCAUGCACCAUACAGUCACCAACCCUUUUUCUCACAUUAGCUGAUGCAAAACAAGCAAAUGCAAAUGCUCCUCUUUGAUAACUCACUUUUUAAGGACAUAGAAAAAUCUAAGGAAUGCCUAAACUCGAGAUCUAAGGCAAAAUAUGGGGCAAAACAUCGAGGAAUAAUAACUAAAACACCCUAAUAGAACUAUAUUUCAUAGCUCUACACACUGUGUGGUACUUUACCUUUCAAAUACAACGGUACUUUGUUUGAAAAAUAACGUAUGUAAAACCCAGAAAACCUUGUUAAAUUCUUUCAAUAUAUUUCACUAGAUUUUUAAAAAAAUGCACCAACCAAUUUCCCUGUAUUUAUAAAAAUGAAUUCAGAAUUUGGCUCGAGAAUCAAGCAAACAAAAGUUUGAAGAGAAAUCAAAACAGACUUUAAAGUUUUAAAAAUGUGAGAUAUAUGCAAAUUAUACUGUACCUCAAGAAUUCUGCAACAGGUAUAGUUCCAUGUAUCAAUGCAGGAGGGUUUAGUGAAAAGUCAAAAGAUUGGUUGGGGCUCACCUUGGUUAGAGUUUAUAAAAGAAUUAUUCAUCCAAAAUGGAGCUACAAAUUCCACAGAGCAAAACACAUUUCAAUAUGUGUGACCUUUGAACCCAGAUAGCAAAGUAUGAUACACUGUCCUCUGUAAAAGUUGAUCUCAAUUGUAUAGAAAAAAUGGUCACAUACUGCUUAUUAAGAGAUAAAGUUCUUGGCAUAGUAGAAAAAAUCAAACUUUUCUGGGACUGGGGGUAGUAUACAACAUAAAUAUGCAGUAUCACGUCAUGUUAGAUUGUUUCAGUUAAAUAAAUGUGUUUUCAUUAAACAGAACUUAUCAGUUGAAAAUGAAUAUCAUGAAUGAAACACAUAGCUUUCAAAUUAGAAUCAAUGUGUUUAUAUGUUUGAAAAUGUUUGUAGUUGUCUCAAAUGUACAUAAUUGGCUUGCAAAGAAAUUGAAGCAAACUCACCCACAUUGUGUCAGUUUUUGUCCUCCAAUAUUAGAUUCCGCUCUUCUGUACAGUUGAAUGUAUCUUUGGGAAAUCACUAUAAAUGUAAACAUCAGAUUAAUCUGGAUUUCCUCACCACUUCCACAUUCUCAUCCCUCUGACAUGUACUUCUAACAGUAAAGUAAGUAUCCAUUAUCACACGGGAUACUUAACAUUUUGUUUUUAGGAUGUGGGGGGAAAAAUUACCCUUUUUCAACAUUUAAUAAAUGUUUAUUUCAGACAAAAUAAAAUGUUGACAGUUGUGAAUAACUAUACAGUUUUAAGAAGAUGGAGCUGUUUUUCAAGUAUUCACAUGACUCCAAGUGUCAGUAUACAAAUGUCAAAUGCAAACAUGUUGCAUUCCAUCAUUUAUUACCAGGAAGCUUUAAAUUUGAAUCGAUCACGGAGAGCUGUUUUCUAAUAAAACAAUGUAAACCUCCACCAAACUGUUUGAUUCAAUUCAGUACUGAAUGGCAGUUGUAGUGAGCGUGAUUUGACUCAUGCACUCUCCUCAAACAGCAAAGCUGAGAACUGUAGCGUUGAUUAUCUUGCAAUAAAAAGGACCAAAACAUCAGUUUUCCCAAGAUCUGCAGGUCAUAUAUAGCCAAAUUUCCUUGUUUCUCUGUUUCUGCAUAGAAACUAUAACUACAAUUACAACAUCAGCUUUUGUAACCACUAGAUCUUGAUAAAACUUGUUUUUCUGUUUGUUGUUUAGUACCACCAGUUUUAUAAAGCUUCAACCUACUACUGUGAAUAGUGCUUGGGGAAAAAAUAGUGUUAUGUUACAAAAAUCCAUUCUUUCUGUGAGUUAAAUAGUUAUUUUAAAUCAGUUCUGGCUGAAAACAGUUCUCAAAAACGCUGGAAUAAAAACGUUUUUACCUCCUUUUUACUUCAUAGAUCUUUUGAAUCUGAGACAGGAAGAGUAAUUAUUCACACCAAAGGAGAAUUAAUGAAAAAUUUGAAUUGUAAAAAUUAAGGGAUCACUAAAAUGCAAAACUGAAUAUCAGAAUUAGGUUGCAGAAAUUGCUGCAAUCAAAGAAUAAAAAAAGAAAGACAGUAGCAUCUGAAAGGAAAUCAUUUGUUGCACAGAAGGAAACAUAAGAGUGAUGAGCCUUCCCUGGCAUAUUGGAUCUUAUUUCACACACAUUUAAUUCACAGCUCUAUGACAGUUGAAGCCAAAACACCUCCGUAUGUUUAAGUUUAGGUUGAAAAAAUAAGGGUCAGUUCUCAGAUUUGGUUUGGUAGUCUGCUACAAAGUGUGAUGGGACAAAAUGUUGCAAUUCUAACAUGAUUUAAUGGGCAUUUUUCUAUUUAUCUGGCACAUUUCAAAUAUCUUACACUCAGAAAGUACCAAGAGUAGGCUGAUAAUAGGUCAAAUGUAGGUUUUUCCUGUGUAAAUACAGGAUGGACCUUUUACUGAGAUUCAUUUUGGCCAGUUGAAUGUUGGUUUAAGUGUAAGACAGAGAAGAUAAAUGCCUCAAACUCCCCUCAGCAUUUAGGGUCAACCAGGAUUUCAGCUAACAUGGGUUAAGAAGUUAAUUUACAGUUAUUUUUGUGUAAGCACAACAUUUCCUGACAGUUGUCAGCUGUGUGAAAUCUUCUAUUCAGAGCAGGCUACUUUCACCAGAAAAAGACUUGAAUUUUGUUUAGUUUUUGCCUCAUUAUAAGUAUGAAUUUAAUAAUUUACAAAUCUACGGUUUUGUAUAGUGUAAAGAUGACAUCAUUUUAAGAUUUUGAAGGCAGAAGAUAAGAAGGCUAACAUUGUGGUCCAAAAAGCAUAAUGUAGUCCUACCUGAAAUGUGUCGUCAUGUUGCUCAUAUGGGCAGAAUGGAUCUUCAGUUAUGUUGAAAAAUAUUCAACCUCUGAUGGUUGUGAGACAAACUAAGUGUGAAGUUGAAAUGUAAUACAAAGAGAGGGCAUUCAUUAGAUUGUUCUGUAAGUCUGAAUGAGUAUUAUUGAGUAUUUUAUGAGUGU